GACCGGCUUUUGCGUUUACGUUUAUCGUCCAUUGCUAACGCUUCUUGUCUCCCGAGUAAAUAUUACGCAAUAAAUAGGCGGCAAGAGCAGAAAACCGCAAUAGUGAAAGCGAGCACUGCAUAUGCACCUGUAGGUACUUCGUUCGCAAAUUGCCAUCGAAUCCUGUAAAAAGAACAUGGUGCUUUACGCGCUGCUCCUGUGCUCGGUUUUUUUCGCGCGCUCUGUAUACGGAUUUUUAGAUAAACAACCCCAUUACGUGAAAACGUGUAUGAUUAAACAACCCAGGGAAAUUUUCCUGAAUUGUUCGACUCACGCUGUGCAAGGUUUGUUCAACGAAAUACCUAAGGGCGUUCCAGAAAUCGGAUUGCAGGUACUGGAUCCCCUGGAAGUCGACCAUAUCAACAUACUCCAAGGAGGCGGAGGACCUGUUACAGUAAACGCGUCGCUCUCCAAUGUCAAGGUCCUGGGUUUCGGCAACACGCGGAUCGUCUUCAACAGCGUGGAUCCCAAAACGUACGAUUUCUACACGAAAUUAGCGUUACCGAGGCUACGGAUCGACGGGCUGUACGAAUUAUUAGGGCGCAUUCUCGUCAUACCGCUCAGAGGGAAAGGGAUUUGCUGGUUCGAGGCUAAAAAUCUGGAAAUCAACGUGAAGAGCGACGUGGUGAUGCAGAAGCACGACGGCUUCCAGUUCUUCCACGUCACCAAGGUGCACGUGAAGUUCAGCAUUGGCGGGCUCAAGUUGCACAUGAGCAAUCUCUUCGACGGCAUAAAAGCGCUAGAGGAUUCAACGAACGCUUAUUUAAACGCGAAUUGGAGACCGGUGGCGGAAUCGCUGAACCCCAUUUUAUCCAAGACCAUCGAGGACAUAAUGCUGGACAUUUUGCAGAAAGUAUUCGACAACAUACCGGCCAAUUUCUUCCUGGGAGAUUUAGAUGAAUCGGCGGGAGAGAACGUGGAGGAGCAGUAAAUUAGCGAAUUUUUUUCGUACCUUUUUUGUUGUACGUUAUCGACGAAUAAAUUAGCUUUAAUAAUUAGUGAAAUGAAGAUUUUUCGCGUUCCAUUUAAUUUUAGCAAAACAUGACACAGUUUUACCGCAGAAACUGAAAUAGC